GUCGCUUUCCCUUGUCAGUAGAGCGGCGGCGGCGGUGCUGUCAAGGGGUUCGUUCCUCCGCGCGGGGCCUUGGCUGCUUCUCGCCAUCCCGGGAGGGCAGCUCCGUAAUGGGGCUCGGCGGCGGCCUCUUCCCCGCUAGCUGCCUCGCCGGUCGCGACCUCCCGGGAAGCCGUUAGUUUCGCCGUGGCGCCGGUGUCGCUCCGCCCUUCCCUGCACUGAGCUAACACUAGAAGACCCUGUGGAAAUCCUUGAAUUUUAAUUUCUGGAGUGCACCCAAGAGACCAUCAAAAUGUCAGGAGCUUCUGUAAAAGUAGCUGUUCGGGUCAGACCUUUUAAUUCCCGAGAGACCAGCAAAGAGUCCAAAUGCAUCAUCCAAAUGCAAGGAAAUUCAACCAGUAUUUUGAAUCCAAAGAAUCCGAAAGAAGCACCCAAAUCCUUCAGCUUUGACUAUUCGUACUGGUCCCAUACCUCGUCUGAGGAUCCUUGCUUCGCCUCUCAAAACCGUGUCUACAACGACAUCGGGAAAGAAAUGCUCCUCCACGCCUUUGAAGGCUACAACGUCUGCAUCUUUGCAUAUGGCCAAACUGGAGCGGGGAAAUCUUACACCAUGAUGGGGAAGCAGGAGGAGAACCAGGCAGGGAUCAUCCCACAGUUGUGCGAAGAGCUCUUUGAGAAGAUCAACGACAACAGCAACGAGGAAAUAUCUUACUCUGUGGAGGUCAGUUACAUGGAGAUCUAUUGCGAGAGAGUCCGAGACUUACUGAACCCCAAAAACAAAGGGAAUUUGCGGGUCCGGGAACACCCGCUACUUGGGCCUUACGUAGAAGACCUGUCCAAGCUUGCGGUCACUUCUUACACUGAUAUUGCAGACCUCAUGGAUGCUGGGAAUAAAGCGAGGACGGUAGCAGCUACCAACAUGAACGAGACCAGCAGCCGUUCUCAUGCUGUCUUCACCAUUGUUUUUACUCAGAAGAAACUCGAUGUUGAAACAAACCUUUCCACCGAGAAGGUUAGCAAAAUCAGCCUGGUGGAUCUCGCUGGGAGUGAGAGAGCGGAUUCUACUGGGGCCAAAGGGACUCGACUAAAGGAAGGGGCAAACAUCAACAAGUCCCUCACCACGCUGGGGAAAGUGAUUUCGGCCUUGGCGGAAGUGGAUAACUGCACCAGCAAGAGUAAGAAGAAAAAGAAAACGGAUUUUAUUCCGUACAGAGAUUCUGUGCUGACCUGGCUGCUUCGGGAAAACCUAGGUGGCAACUCCAGAACCGCCAUGGUGGCUGCUUUGAGCCCAGCAGACAUAAACUAUGACGAAACAUUAAGCACAUUACGAUAUGCAGAUCGGGCCAAGCAAAUCAAAUGCAACGCAGUGAUCAACGAGGAUCCCAACGCCAAGCUGGUACGGGAACUGAAGGAAGAAGUCACACGGCUCAAAGAUCUCCUUCGCGCUCAAGGGCUUGGAGACAUCAUUGACAUUGAUCCCCUGGACGAUUUCUCGGGAGGUGGAUGCAAAUAUCUGAAAGAUUUUCAGAACAAUAAGCACAGAUACUUGUUAGCCUCCGAGAAUCAACGUCCUGGCCAUUUUUCCACAGCAUCCAUGGGCUCGCUCACUGCAUCUCCAUCUUCCUGCUCUCUCAGUAGUCAGGUGGGCUUAACUGCUGUCUCCAGCAUCCAAGAACGGAUCAUGUCCACACCUGGAGGAGAGGAAGCCAUUGAACGUCUGAAGGAAUCUGAGAAAAUCAUUGCAGAGCUGAAUGAAACCUGGGAGGAGAAAUUGAGGAAGACCGAAGCAAUUCGGAUGGAGAGGGAAGCGCUCUUAGCUGAGAUGGGAGUUGCCAUCCGAGAAGAUGGGGGCACCCUUGGCGUCUUCUCACCCAAAAAGAUAUUCACACCAAGGCCUUGUGAUUUGUUGGCGGGUUCCAGUGGGGUGUUUUCCCCAAAGAAGACCCCUCAUCUAGUAAACCUGAACGAGGAUCCACUGAUGUCAGAGUGCCUGCUUUAUUACAUCAAGGACGGCAUAACCAGGGUGGGCCAGGCGGAUGCCGAGCGGCGCCAAGACAUCGUCCUGAGCGGAGCUCAUAUCAAAGAGGAGCACUGCAUUUUCCGCAGCGAGAGGAACCCCAAUGGCAGUGUGAUUGUUAGCCUGGAGCCGUGCGAAUGCUCAGAAACCUACGUCAACGGCAAGAGGGUGGUGCAGCCGGUCCAGCUGCGUUCAGGAAAUCGCAUCAUUAUGGGCAAAAACCACGUCUUCCGCUUCAACCACCCUGAGCAGGCCAGGGCCGAAAGAGAGAAGACGCCGUCGGCUGAGACGCCCUCCGAGCCGGUCGACUGGACUUUUGCCCAGAGAGAAUUGCUGGAGAAGCAGGGAAUCGAUAUGAAGCAGGAGAUGGAGAAAAGACUUCAAGAGAUGGAGAUUCUGUACAAGAAGGAGAAGGAAGAAGCAGAUCUCUUACUGGAGCAGCAGAGGCUGGACUACGAAAGCAAGCUCCAGGCCUUGCAGAAGCAGGUGGAGACCCGCUCCUUGGCUGCCGAGACGAUGGAGGAAGAGGAAGAAGAAGAGGAAGAGGAGGUGCCUUGGACUCAGCACGAGUACGACCUUGCCCAGUGGGCUUUCCGCAAAUGGAAGUUCCACCAAUUCACCUCUUUACGAGAUCAGCUGUGGGGCAACGCAGUCUAUCUGAAGGAAGGCAACGCCAUUAGUGUGGAGCUGAAAAAGAAGGUACAGUUCCAGUUUGUUCUGCUGACCGACACGCUCUACUCCCCGUUACCGCCGGAGCUGCUACCCGCUGACUCAGACAAGCCCCGCAGCCAGUGCCCCUUCCCUCGCACGGUGGUGGCAGUAGAGGUCCAGGAUCUAAAGAACGGCGCUACUCAUUACUGGUCUCUGGAAAAACUCAGGCAGAGGCUGGAGCAGAUGAGAGAAAUGUACGACCGAGCCGGAGAGAUGGCCUCCGACGCCCAGGAAGACAACGAGGGCACCAUGACGGGCAGCGACCCUUUCUACGACCGAUUCCAUUGGUUCAAGCUGGUUGGGAGUGUUCCGUUAACCGAUAUAUCUAGCUCCCCCAUUUUCCACGGCUGUGUGAAUGAGCGCCUGGCUGACCGCACGCCCUCCCCCACUUUCUCCACCGCCGAUUCCGAUAUCACGGAGCUGGCCGACGAGCAGCAGGACGAGAUGACGGAUUUUGACGACGAGGCCUUUGUGGACGACACGGGCUCCGACGUCGGGACCGAGGAGGGAUUGGACUGCUUCAGUGAUGGGCAGGACCCGUUUUACGACCGGUCCCCUUGGUUCAUUUUGGUGGGAAGGGCAUUUGUCUACUUGAGCAAUCUUCUCUAUCCAGUCCCCCUCAUCCACAGAGUGGCUAUUGUCAGUGAGAAGGGAGAAGUACGCGGAUUCCUGCGUGUGGCAGUCCAAGCUAUAGCUGCCGACGAGGAAGCCCCCGAUUACGGCUCUGGCGUUCGGCAGUCUGGCACCGCCAAGAUCUCAUUUCAUAACGAGUAUUUUGACAAGAGCAACUUUUCAUCCGUGUCCCUGACUCGUUCCGGAUUGUCCUUGGAAGAAUUGAGGAUCGUCGAGGGAGAAGGGCAGAGCACGGACGUUAGCACGCCCCCCGAAGAAAUCAACAGGAUCAAUGAGUUGGACCUGAAAUCCACCCCCCUGUUGGAUGGCAAGAUGGCCAUGGAAGGGUUUACUGAGGAGAUGGGGGACCACCUGAAACUGGGCAGUGUCUUUACGUUCCGGGUGACGGUGCUCCAGGCCAGCGGGAUCCUCCCAGAAUACGCAGACAUCUUCUGCCAAUUCAACUUUCUCCACCGGCACGAUGAGGCUUUCUCCACUGAGCCUCUGAAAAAUAAUGGCCGAGGGGCCCCACUUGGAUUUUAUCAUGUCCAAAACAUCUCCGUGGAAGUGACCGAAUCCUUUGUCGAAUACAUCAAGACCAAGCCCAUUGUCUUUGAAGUCUUUGGACACUAUCAGCUCCAUCCACCACAUCUGCAGGGACAGGAACUCAACAGCCCUGCCCAACCAUCCCGGCGAUAUUUCCCUCCUCCCAUGCCACUCUCCAAACCAGACCAUGAGAGAAAAAUUGAACUGGUCAAGUAUCUCAUGUCUGGCUAUGUAAGCGUGCCCGUGCUCGACGCCAUGUCCCAGCAUGCCAACGUGCUUGCGACCUCGGCCGUGGCAACUUUCCGAGACGACGCUGACCAGUCGCCUCCGCCUUUUCUCUCUCUGCCUGUCCCCAGCUGUCAGGCCCAACGCUUCCCCAAGCAAGAUGUCCCGGCCACCAAACUCAACACGAUGAACAAAGCCAACUUGGGGCAGAGCAUGACCAAAUACGAUCUCCUGGUUUGGUUUGAGAUUAGCGAACUGGAACCGACGGGAGAGUACAUCCCGGCCAUUGUUGAUCACACUGGAGGUCUCCCCUGCCAAGGCACAUUCUUGCUUCACCAGGGAAUACAGCGGAGGAUCACCAUUACCAUCAUCCACGAGAAAGGCAACGAGCUCCACUGGAAAGAUGUGAGAGAACUGGUAGUCGGGCGCAUCCGGAACAAAGCCGAAGUGGACGAAACGGCCGUGGAUGCCGUCCUGUCGCUCAACAUCAUCUCCGCAAAAUACCUGAGGGUUUCUCACAGCUCCAACAGGCUCUUCCUUGAUAAGGAUAUGCCUAGAACUUUCUACCGCUUUGAGGCUGUCUGGGACAGCUCCCUGCACAACUCUCUUCUUUUGAACCGGGUGACCCCCUAUGCUGAGAAGAUCUACAUGACCCUCUCGGCUUACCUGGAGCUGGAUCACUGCAUCCAACCGGCCGUCAUCACCAAAGACAUCUGCAUGAUCUUCUACUCCCGGGACGCCAAGAUUUCGCCUCCCCGCUCGCUGCGCAGUCUCUUUGGACGUGGCUACUCGAAGACCCCAGAUUCCAGCAACCGAGUAACUGGGAUCUACGAGUUGAGCUUGUGCAAAAUGUCGGACACCGGAAGCCCAGGAAUGCAGAGGAGGAGACGGAAAGUCCUGGAUACCUCCGUGGCCUACGUCCGAGGGGAAGAAAACCUGGCAGGGUGGAGACCCCGAGGAGACAGUCUGAUCCUGGAGCACCAGUGGGAACUGGAGAAGUUGGAGCUGCUGCAUGAGGUGGAGAAGACGCGUCACUUCCUGCUGCUGCGCGAGAAGAUCAGCGACGGCCUGCCCAAGUCCCUAAGUGACUCGCUCUCCCCCAGCCUGAGCAGCAGCACCCUCAGUACCUCUACUAGUAUCUCCUCGCAGAUCUCCUCCGCUACCUUUGAGAGCGCCAUCACCCCCAGCGAGAGCAGCGGCUACGACUCGGCCGACAUCGAGAGUCUGGUGGAGCGGGAGAAGGAGCUAGCUACCAAGUGCCUUCAGCUUCUUACUCAUUCUUUCAACCGCGAAUUUAACCAGGUCUACAACAGCAUCAGCGAUUGUAAGCUGUCCGACAUCUCUCCGAUCGGGCGGGAUUCUUCGGUCUCCAGCUUCAGCAGCUCCACCCUCACCCCGUCCACCACCUGCCCCUCGCUGUCCGAUUCGAGGUACAACUCUGUGGAUCAGAAAACUCCCGAAGCAAAUUCUCGGGCCUCUAGCCCUGGACUGGAGGCAGAGCCGUUCCAGUUGACACCCCCUGCUGAAGUUUCUUAUUUGGCGCGAGCCGGGAAAAAUGAGUUUUUGAACCUCGUUCCGGAUAUUGAGGAAAUCCGGCCUGGAUCCGUGGUCUCCAAGAAAGGCUACCUGCACUUCAAGGAGCCCCUCUCCCCUUCGUGGGCCAAGCAUUUUGUGGUGGUGCGCCGCCCGUACGUCUUCAUCUACAAUAGCGACAAAGAUCCGGUGGAGAGGGGGAUCAUCAACCUCUCCACGGCUCAGGUGGAGUACAGCGAGGAUCAGCAGGCCAUGGUGAAGACACCAAACACCUUUGCCGUCUGCACCAGACACCGCGGCGUCCUCCUUCAAGCGCUCAAUGACAAAGACAUGAGCGACUGGCUGUACGCCUUCAACCCCCUCCUUGCUGGCACGAUACGGUCCAAACUCGCGCGAAGACUCUCCGGACAGCUGAAGUACUGAGUCCCUGGGGAAUUCUCACGCAAUUUUUAUUUUCUCCCAAAUCCACCUUCAGCUAUAGAUAAAACCCUCCCUUCUCAUUUUCUCUGUGAUACUUGAGUGGCCCCUUUUCUUUGUAUUUAACCCUGUGGCUUUAACUUGGCUGACUUCCAGCACUUUCCCACCUUCUUUCCUCUCUCUCUCUCUUUUUUUCUCUCUCUCUCCCUCCUUUCCUUUUUUUUUCUCCUCUAAAAAAAAAAAACAAUACUAUU